UUCUGCAGUUAUUUGCAUCUCCAAGAAGUAACACGCAAUUCGCCGAAACUCUUCUCUAUUCUUUGAUGCGAGGUUUAACGUGAAGGGCCGGAUAUCGAGAAGGGGAUGGCUGGUUGACACGUGUCUUCCAAGCGCCUGUUCCAGGGUUGAGCGGCUAUUCUUGGCGCGAGAUUCCUAGAGCGGAUCUUGUCGCUCUUGCUAGUUUCCUGGCAACUCUCGCUUGGCUGCCGACAAUCGUUCCCCUAUCGCGGUUUCUGUCGGCGUCGUUGAACAUCGCGCCUGGCGAACCGCUGGAACACGUACGUACGUACACGUCGCCGCACGCGCGCGUGUCGUGCGACCGACAACAUCGCAGACGCGAAAAUCGCUCGUCGUACAUACAUAUCGAUGUACGUACGUGCGCAGGUGACGGGCCGCGUAUGCGACGGUACGGACCUCGUACGUGACAGGAACGACGAGUGGGCGUGACGUGUACGUACACGCGUUACACGCAUUCCUUGACCGGUUUCUACACCGCGAGGCUCCCCGUGGAUCAGGCGAGUAUCUGCCCCGAGAUAGAAUAUCUUCCGCUGAUCCGAAAUUGCGCUCAGUUUUUCUUUUCGCGCGCAUUCCAUCGUCGCAUGAGCGGUGAACUGUCCCGCUGAAGACGCCACCGACAGAAACCUAAGUAGUGGAUGACGACGGCGAACUAUUUGUUGCUGUUUCGUAAACAAAUCUCAUCAGAAUAAUGAUUUAUGUGAGAUAAUGUAUCACAUGUACUACCGUAUACGACGAUCCUCAGCGAAUGGUCAAGCGUCAUCGUCAUCAUCGCGAUUGAUUCAAGAUGUUAGGAAAAUAGAAUAUCUAUUCCUUACGUCUGCCUUAUGUGUCAAUAUCUCGUUUAUGGAUUCUGAUAUUUGCUCCUCUUUUCUUGCCGUUAUAUACUGUUCAAAAUAUAGUUAGACGAUUACUUCUUCAAAUCACUUGGCACAUGUUUUAAAUAUCGGAAGUGUCUAUUUUAAUUCUUCAGCAAAUGUCCACGAUGUCCAAUAGAAUCUGCAUUUCAGUCAUUUAUACGUGGCUCAAGCUGCAGAACCAUUCAGCACAGAGCUAUCCGUUCACCGCGAUAUCCCGAUUGUUUCGAGCGAUUUCAUUUCAAGGUGUGUUGGCUGGCCCAUGUGGUGCUCCUUCACGUGCUCAAUGACGUGUGGUUUGGCGUCGGUCGUGGGGCAGGCCAGUUCUUGGGGACCCCCUGGCGUAGGAUAGUAGCGUAACGAGGAGGUUGUUCGCGUCAUCUCGGCAGCUCAGCGACACCGCGGACGCCCUGGGACAGCCUCCAAUCAUCUUAUGCACUCCUCUUGAAAGGGGAGCGCUGCGGAGUGGCCGCUCCGCGCAUCAGUGCGCCCCACUAUUCUUCACGCACUCGCAAACCGCGUACAUACGAACGUGACGCGCGCUCAGCUUUGCGCUGAGCGCCGUCUCUUUCGAUUGAUUUUCUGCCAUCAUGUGACCACAGUACCUGUAUUUCAACUGCGGUCUCUCGAUGGUACCUCGAAACUCGAAUUUUCUAUCGUUUUCCAAGCACGAGUGAGUUACCGAUAUUGGUACAAUAGUUACAUUACAAUACAAUGCAUUGCAUUACAAUGUCCGUUGUGCGAUUGGACUGUUGAUAGGAAUACUACAACGCAAUGCGAAUCACCUGUUCUAUUUUUAUUUAUUUAAUAGAUUUCUUUCUCAAAACACGCACUGUGCAAGUGGCUGCAUGGAAGAUGUUGGGUGCGAUCGCACUCGCAAUGAGACCUUGCGGUUGUUUUGCUUCUUUUCAUAGAAGUAGUUGAGUCAUGUUGUGUAAACGAGAAGAUACGUUCUUCAAGUUUUACACGGAAAUUCGACCGCUGAGUAUAUGCGCACCGGACAGCAUCAAUGUAUCCGAUUGUAUAUACGUGUACAAGAGGCAGUUGCAAUAGUCAUACGCAUCUGAGAGACUCACGACUCUUUCGUACUCCUGAUAACCUAUUCGUAUGGAGUUCAUUGGUACGUUUCCACGAGGCUCCGUGCUGUAGCACCCGAUUCGAACGAACGCGAAUGACCCGCAAUCUUGUUACUCUACUUUCGCGAUCUGCGGUGACUGUCUAAACGUUCAUGAUCUCCCAGUAGAAGGUCGACUCUAGUCGAUCGACAAAAGUAUUUCGCUACCAAUCGCUUGGAUGGCGAAGACUUCCGUUGUGCGUGGCAAAUAAUCCGGACAAAAUUAAAUUCUAACAGGAACUGCCGAACUAAUCGUCCAAUCUCACAUAGUCUUCUUCGAAGUUUUCAACGUUGGCCUAUAAAUUCUGUGUCGUCUCUUCCAUCACUUCUGAAACACGAAACUUAAUUAUCUAAGAGACAUUUACAAAUUGUCUCCCCGCGACUGUUACGACUCUUCUUCUUCGACGAAGAACGUGUCGGAAAUAGAAAAAAGAACAGAGAGAAUUCUAUUCUUUUUUCUAUUCUAGAAAUAAACAUAAGCUACAGGGACUAAAUUUGGAUUGUAUGGAUAUAGAGACAGAGAAACUCGAAGAAAGAAUAAAACUGGAAGUAUGUUCUUGAAUAAAGUUAAUGUAUGUUGUACGACUCUGGGGUUCAAUAUAACCGAGCCCGCAGUAUGGAUUAGUAAUAAUGCCGCUCGAAGCGCGUGCUGUAUAUUCCACUUCUCUCGAUUGUGCCUAUGAAUGUAUAUGUCAAGGACUUUCCAUUGACCCGGACGAUUGCGUUAAUAAGACGACUGAUUUUUCUGAAGAGAGAGGAAUGAGAAGAAUCCGACACGUGCGACGGUUUCUCACACGUGGGAGAAGCUAUUGUUAGACUGAGCUAUAAAUUUUGAUUCAAGUCGUUUUGAUUUGAUUUGUCAAGAAAAAAUUGCUUGCAAAUUAACUGAAGUGUCUGUAAACUAAAUAUUCGCGACGUUGUCUUAUUAGAUAUCCUGCACAACACAGUUCAUAAUGCAUAACAUUUUCUUAUCGUGUUACGUCACAUCAACAGGAUGAUACGUGUCUCUUUAAUGCGCUCUAAUAUGCUUAUGUAAAUGAUUUAAUGCCAUUCAAGCACGCAUCUCGUCAACUAACGUCGAGCUUCGCGCGGUCUCAGAGUCUCGAUACGAUUUGCUCUAUCUUGAGAGUGUCUAUUUUUAUACCGGCAGAGCGCGACUGAUCUCGCUGCCAUCUGUGAAGCGGCACGAAAUGCUACACGCGAGCAAGGAUAUUGGUGUGUGCGCGACCUCGACUCCGGAUUUGUGUGCUCCACAAGAAAUGGAUGGUAGUUUCUAUGAUGUGCGCGACAAGAGGUAGGUACAUAUCGGGUUUAGCCGUAGAGUUUUCGGACUGUGCUAGAAAAUAGGAGGUCAAGAGAAACGCCAGUUGUGCCUGAUAGCGGAGUCUUGUACAAUAUGCCUUCCAUUUGCGGCGAUAUGGGUGAUAUGACUGGUAUCAUGGAGGGUAUUUCCAGUACAGAUAGUAUUGGGACACAGAGUGACAUAUCGGGACACACAACUGUGACAGGAAGACCAAGAAUGGACGUGGCUUGUGUAUUGGACUUGCAACAAGCAGAACAUCUUGCCCAACGAAAGAGAGCAUUAGAUGAAGUUAGACAAGCCUGCAAUUUGGUCAAUGCUAACAUACAUCAUAUCCAGUUUGAGAAGCUUGAUUUCGGUGAAACUAAUGUACUGGAUACUUUCUAUAAUGCCGAUGUGGCAGUUGUAGAUUUAAGUAUCAAGUUGCAACAAUCUGCAUUAUUUUAUCAUCUUGGUGUCAGAGAAAGCUUUGGUAUGAAGGAAAAUAUCUUGCUUUAUAAUGAUGUGGAUACAGAGGCUACGAUUAGACUGAAGUUAUCCUGUGGCAGCUACACGUUCGUCUCGUAUCGUGUUGUGGAAUGUGGUUCAUGUGUGGCUACUAAUCCAGCAGCUAGUAGAAUCACAGGCGAAGAAGCAAUAGACCCUAAACAACAUCUCACUCUGAAACUUAAGAAAUUGUUUCAAGAUGUGGAAAUACAAUCCAAAGCACACAUGAAGGAGAAAUUUCUGGCAGAUUUGCGCAAAGCGCGUGAGACAUAUUCUGGAGAGGAGCUCUCCAGGGCCUUGAAUAAUAUGCGCAAACGUUUAGAUGACCCAAAUGUUUUGUCAGGAGAAGUUGUUCUUAAUGUUCUUAUUUCAUUCCGGGAAAUACAGGGUUAUGACGCAAUGGUACAAUUGGUUGAUGAUUUAAGAACUAUACCGACCCACAAGAAUUAUAUAAAUACUCCAGCUAUUAGAUAUUUAUAUGCGUUUGCAUUAAAUCGACGAAAUAAGGAGGGUGAUCGAGAGAGAGCGUUAAAAGUUAUCGAAAAAGCGUUAGAAAAGAAAGAGAAUCAUGUUCCGGAUAUGUUGUGUCUAUGUGGCAGAAUAUACAAAGAUAUAUUUGUAGAAAGUAGGCAUACCGAUCAGGAGAGUUUAAACAACGCGAUCCAUUGGUAUAGAAAGGGUUUUGAGGUCCAACCUAAUGAAUAUGCUGGUAUAAAUCUUGCUACUUUAUUGGUCAUAGCUGGGAAUGAAUUUUCUAAGAGUGAAGAAUUACAACACAUAGGAAUGGUAUUAAAUAAUUUAAUUGGCAAGAAAGGCAGUUUAUCGAGCUUGAAAGAUUAUUGGGAUGUAGCAACGUUUUUUGAAAUCAGUGUGUUAGCGGAAGAUUACUCAAAGGCCAUACAAGCAGCUGAAUAUAUGUUUAAAUUGAAGCCACCAAAUUGGUAUCUGAAAUCGACGAUAGGCAAUAUAUCACUGAUAGACAGAUUUCGUAAAAGAAAUGAAGAAGCUGAAAUUUCACCGGAGGAGCAAAUAUUUAGUUUUUGGAUGGACUACUUUGUCGAAGCUACAAAGCCGGAGGUUGGCGAUAGUAUACGGUUUCCAAUUCUAGUGUUGGAACCAACAAAAAUCUUGAUGCCAAGUUAUGUAAACGUAAAUCUAGGCGCAGAGGAGAAAUCUAUACAAAUAUGGAAUUUGUGCCUGGAUAACAUGAAAAAUAACUGCAAGCAAGUUCAUGAUUGGCUAUUUACUGCAAACAUGAUACGUAGCGUUAGUUUGUACAAAAGAGACGAGAGAUGCCUGUUCUUGUAUGUUCAUCAAAAUUCGGACGAUUUUCAAAUGUAUUUGCCGUCAGCGCAAUGUAGACAACGAUUUUACGAUCUGAUCUUAGAAAUGACUAGAGAUCAGGAAGGCAUGGUUACAGACUUGGAUGCCUAUAUGACUGACGAUCGCAUGAAGUUCGAGUAUGAAUUGGACGAUCAAAAUAAGCGCAUAGUUCUCGGCAAAGGCACGUACGGCAUAGUAUAUGCAGCACGUGAUUUAAAUACUCAGGUCAGAAUUGCUGUAAAAGAAAUUCGUGAGCGAAACUUGGGCGAUGUGCAGCCUCUGCACGAAGAAAUUAAAUUGCACAGUCAAUUGAGACACAGGAAUAUCGUUCAAUACUUGGGCUCUGUAAGUGAGGAUGGAUAUUUCAAAAUCUUUAUGGAACAAGUGCCUGGAGGAAGCUUAUCAGCUUUGCUGAGAUCAAAGUGGGGCCCUUUAAAAGAAAACGAAUCAACAAUUUCAUAUUAUACCAAGCAGAUGUUGGAAGGCCUUAAAUAUCUCCAUGAUCAGAAAAUUGUUCAUAGAGACAUAAAAGGUGACAAUGUGUUAGUAAAUACAUAUAGCGGAGUUGUCAAAAUUUCUGAUUUUGGUAUGUCAAAACGUUUGGCCGGUUUAUGUCCGAGUACGGAAACAUUUACCGGGACAUUACAGUAUAUGGCACCAGAAGUUAUUGAUAAGGGUCAACGUGGCUAUGGUGCGCCUGCGGACAUUUGGUCUUUAGGUUGCACGAUAGUUGAGAUGGCAACUGGCAAGCCUCCAUUCAUAGAACUAGGUUCUGCGCAAGCGGCUGUUUUUAAGGUGGGAUAUUACAAAAUACAUCCCGAGAUACCAUCAGAAUUAUCGGAGAGAGCAAAAUCUUUUAUAUUGCGCUGCUUUGAACCAAACCCAGAUGUAAGAGCAACUGCGGCAGAAUUAUUAGAAGAUCCAUUUCUUAAUGAGAAAAAGAAGAGUAGCAGAUUGGCUGCACCCCCGGACUUCAGCAGAAGUAUAUCGGUUCCCGCGGACCGUUUGGAACGUUUGGGAAAAUGUGAUAAAACGAACAAUAAUCAUAUCGUUACUACUGCACCGAUUCAGAUGUCUCAGUCAGAUGAUAGUGGAGGGUUGACGAAGUCAAGCCCAUUGAGGGAACGCAGUCCGGCCCACCUAUUGUCUCCCAUCAGCAUGCCUUCUGCAACCCUCUCUUUUAACAGUACAAUAGGGAAUACUCCAUCAAUAGAGACUAGUGAAAGUGAUGCAACAGGUGCCUCGAUAACUAGAAGAAGUUCAUCUGGUGGAUUAUUAUCACCAGAGGUGGAAUUAGGAGGGCAACCGGGCCAAAAAUCUGGAGAAGAACAAGAAGGUUUUUAUUUGUUAAAAAAGGAUAGUCAAAGGCGCAUGACGUUAACGAGGGUUCUCAAUCAGGAUGAGGCAAAAAUUUGUGAAGUUUGGAUGAGAGGUAUACAUCAAGCAGAAGGACAAACAGUGUUGCAGAUGAGUCAUCUAGUGCUGCUCAUGCGUGGUUUAAGAGAUUACAUCGCAGAGCAAAAUCAGGAUGUGAUAGUGACUUCUAUUCGAACAUUGAAAGAAGAAUUAGAUUUCGAUUCGACAGCUAUUAAUCACCUACAUUUGGCUAUUUAUUUGUUUCAAACAGCAGUAAACGAAGUCCUCAGAAUGCAUAGCAUAAAGCCACAUUGGAUGUUUGCCUUGGAUAACUUAGUGAGAAAUGCUGUUCAAGCUGCUAUCACGGUAUUGUCACCCGAAUUAGGAGCUAACUUAUUGGGACAGGAACGAGUACAACCUGGUGGUCAAGUUCCUGAAGAAGGCUCCACAUCAUGUGUAUCCACAGUAAAUUCUGUUAAAUCUCCAAAAACUGGCGAUUCUAUUGAUAAUAAGUACUGGAAAGAAUAUAGAGAUCAAAUGGGAGUGUUGAAAAUGGAAAAUAUGAGAUUACUCCAAGAAUUGAUAGAAAGCCAAAAGUCGUAUCAGUCAUUAUUGCAACAAGUUCUUGAAGAACAGAGAGCACAAGUUGGUACAUUGACACAUCUGUGUGAAAAUAUCAAUAGGAAAGCAGAGAGACAGGAAUUAGGGAGUUAUAAUACAAGCAUUGCCGGAAAUAUAUCUCAACAAUCGGAGUUUUUAACAACUAUGGAUACGCGUAACAGUAAUAAUUUACAUUCAGAUAUGGCCCUCGUCGAUUGGUUACGAAAUCUGCAGAUAGACGAAUCAUCAGUCGAUAGAUUUUUAUAUGAAGAAUAUACACUGGAAGAUAUUUUGGAUCAUGUUACAAGAGACGAUCUCCGCAGGUUAAAUUUGAGGGGAGGAACUGAAAUCAGGAUAUGGCAAGCUAUACUGAAACAUCGCGAGAAUAAUGGAAAUUAAAUUGCGCAGACUAUAAUUAUAUUCUUCCAUUGAUAUUAGCAGCAGAUUGUCACUAAUCACUAAUAGUCGAAGUUUAAAGCAGGGUAAGAUAUUCGUUGCGAUUAGACCGCCACAAGAUAAACAUAUAAUGAUCUAAAUUGAUCAUGUUGUAAUAUUAGAUAUAAAUUAUGCCUCUAUAGAGAGUUUCUUCCGUGACACAGUAUACCGGUUCUCUUUGUAGUUCCUACAUGUAGGUUAAUAUUACUUUUUAUAGAGAAUUUCUGUACGUAUUACAUCUGCGCGAAUGAUGAUUUAAAUUAACAAAAUGUAUUAUAUCUUUUAGUGCUUUUGUCGCAGAUUUUAAUUAAUUUGCCAAAGUUCCAUGAUAUCAGAAUGUAAGAGAAACCAGUAUUUAUGUAUGGAAUAUAUUUCAUGCAUGUCACAUUGUUUUGUUGUAAGAAAUUUUUCAGUUUGAAUUUCUAAAUUCAAUUUCACUUUUACACGUUUGAAUUAUUAAAUCAGAGUCGGUAUUAAUAUUGAAACGGUCAAAUAAGUAAUAAAAAAAGUUGUGCAAAUGCAACUUAUUAAUGAUGCAAUAAUAUUUGAUAUUAUGCUUUGUUCUGUAAAAUAAUGACGUCCGAUAGAAGAAACAGAUGCUUCCGAUGGUUAUUCAAAUAAGUGAUGUAAGUUAUACAUUACUUUACAAGGUACUAUAUAUUCACUGCGCUAAAUAUUUAUAAAUGAAACUAUUUAUGAGAAAAAAACUGUAAGAUUGCACCAUAGACAAACUGCCAGUGAAAAAUAUUGAUUAAAAAGAACUCGUAUUUUCACGUGAAAUCACAUAGUAAUGUUAAAAUAUUAAACAAUUAUUAUACAACAUUUAAUCUUUGCAAAUGGGGACGCAAUUAUAUACAUAUAGUGCCUUAUCAAACUGGCUCUAGUACAAGAAAAUAUAUUUAUUAUACAUAAUUAAUACGUAUUUAUACUCCAAAAUAUUCGAGGGUUUUAAACAUUUUUCGUUUUAAAAUUUUAUGUUCGAGAGGAACGAAAAUAUACUUGCCCACGCGUCGCAAUAACUGGCACGUCUUCCCCACAUAGAGAUAUUACUCGAAUGCUUUUUUGUAAAUAGAAUUCUUCGUGUAGUUUGUAAGCGCUUUACAUUAUUUCGUUUUUGUCGGACAAAUUCAAACAGAUUCUUCAGCGUUUCUUCCGAAUUUUGUAGAUAUGAGUUUUUGUAUGACAGUAAAUCUCUUCUAUGCGAUAUUGUAAAGGAAGGAAAAGAUCGAUAUUUCUUGCGAUGCACAAUAUCUUGUACAGUUUGAUUUUUAAUAUUUUUUAUGUAUAGUCGAACUGAAUUUACGCAAUCUAAUCUUAAGUAUUCUCGAUGGAUUUCUUUCUCAAAAUGACUGUCAUCAUUUUCAUCGAAAUCAUUGUCUCAAUAAUAUAUUGCUUGAUUCAGUCCGAUUAUUCACACACUAACAUAGAAGGUAUAUGAUCUAACGACUGACAAAAAUUAAUUUGAUAAAAGAUAUUUUCAUGUAAUAAUAAUAGACUAGAAAUAACAGAGCCCCUAUCAUAAUGUGUGUUGGUGCUUGUUCCUGAGUAUCUUGACUGAAGUAUUUCUGCAAUUCUACGCAUGAAUCUGCUACAAACAAUUAAGGAAAUAAACUUCGGAACAAGUAGCCAAAGCUAUUGUUGAAUAUUUUUCACUCACAUUUAAAACAGGAUUAAUUAUUGUUGCUCGCAUGUGCGAUCGUUUGUAAUAAAGGAAUAAACAAA